AUGGAUGCAGUGACCGUGGUCGCCUCGUCCCGAGCCGUUGUGUCGGGCCGUUUUACUGCGGCCACGAUUGUGAUCUCCCAAGCCACCGGAAAGAUCGUCCAGGUCUUCGACUCGGUCCGCCCAGCAUCCGACUUCCCCCAGGGCACGCCAUACAAGGAUUAUUCUCCCCAUGUCUUGCUCCCCGGUCUGGUCGAUGCCCACGUGCACCUGAAUGAGCCUGGACGGACCGAAUGGGAGGGUUUUUACACGGGCACCCAGGCCGCCGCGUUUGGCGGCGUGACCACCGUCAUCGAUAUGCCCCUGAAUGCCAUUCCCCCCACCACCACGGUGGCUGGCUUACACGAGAAGAUCCGCGCCGCGCAGGGCAAGUGCUGGAUCGACGUGGGCUUCUACGGUGGGGUGGUUCCAGGCAAUGCUCACGAGCUGAAAGCUCUAGUGCGAGAAGGUGUCCGUGGGUUUAAGGGUUUCCUAAUUGACAGCGGAGUCGACGAAUUCCCAGCAGUUACUGCUGCCGAUAUUGAAAAAGCCAUGGUAGAGUUGGCAAAUGAGCCCACAACGCUCAUGUUUCAUGCCGAGAUGGUCCCUCCCAUUACAGCAUCUGUUGGCGAUGAGGUGCAAAAGUCGGCAGCCCCAGCUGCACCAGCGGGUCCUCUGCAGGCUUACUCGACGUUUCUUGCGUCCCGUCCGUCGUCUUUCGAGACGUAUGCGAUUGCUCAGAUCGUGGACUUGGCAUCAGUCGCGCCCAAACUGCCCCUGCAUAUCGUCCACCUCUCUGCGAUGGAAGCAAUCCCACUGCUCCGCAAGGCCCGUGAGAAUGGAGUGCCCAUCACUGCGGAGACCUGCUUCCACUAUCUGUCAUUGGCAGCCGAGGAGAUCGCAGAAGCUCUGUGGGCCGAGCUGGAGCGUCAUGCGAUGGAUGGUGUCAUCAAGACCGUCGUGUCGGAUCACUCGCCUUGCACUCCAGAGCUCAAGCUUCUUCCCCCGCACAUUGCAGCUGGUAACUUGUCGUCGGCCCGCUCGUCAGCCACUGGAACCCCUUCUGCUAGCAGCAGUGUCUCGGAGUUCAAUGGAGAAGAAGAGGCACCGGUGAACGAUGGGAACUUCUUCUCCGCCUGGGGCGGCGUUUCAUCUGUGGGCCUAGGCCUUCCGAUCCUGUGGACGGAAAUCAGCAGGCGCAAGAAUGUAUCCUCAGCGCCUGGCGAGAAAACCGCAGAUCAAGCUCUCCGGGACAUUGUCCAAUGGUGCAGCACCAACACAGCCGCGCAGGUCGGUCUGGAGAAGCAAAAGGGCGAUCUCGCCGUCGGAUUCGACGCCGACUUCUGCGUGUUCGACGACACGGCGGAGUGGACGGUCGAGCCCAGCACGAUGCUCUUCCGGAACAAGUGCUCUCCUUAUCAGGGCAAGACGCUGAAGGGGAUGGUGCUGGAGACUUGGCUCCGGGGGAACAAAGUAUUCUCCCGAAGCGAAGGCUUUAGUCCGAAGGGGCCGAGCGGGCAGCUUUUGUUGGAGAAACGAGAGAGAGCUUCUUAA